AGAAUUAUUCUGACACAGUUUGUAAUAUACUUGGCAGUUAAUAUGAACAGAAAAACAAAUAGUGCAACGUCAAUACUGAAACAGGAUUACUUACGCCUGAAGAAAGACCCUGUACCCUAUGUUGUAGCAGAACCUGUACCUUCUAAUAUAUUAGAAUGGCAUUACGUAGUGAAAGGCCCAGAGAAAACUCCGUACGAAGGAGGAUUUUAUCACGGGAAGCUUAUAUUUCCUGGAGAAUUUCCAUUUCAACCACCUAGUAUUUACAUGAGCACUCCGAAUGGCAGGUUUAAAGUUAAUACGAGAUUGUGCUUGUCAAUAUCCGAUUUUCAUCCGGAUACAUGGAAUCCAGCAUGGAGUGUAUCUACUAUUCUCAUUGGAUUGCUUAGUUUUAUGAUUGAGAAAAGUCCUACUUUGGGUAGUAUCAACACAUCAGAUUACAAGAAGAAACAGUUAGCUGCACAGAGUUUAGAGUACAAUUUAAGGGACAAAAUGUUCUGUGAACUUUUUCCUGAAACUGUUGAGGUUAUAAAAGCAGAAUUGGAACGCAGAAAAGAAUUAGAAAAACAAACAAGGCAUCCGUCUAUGACAUCAGAGGUUUCAUCCUUGAUACGGGACCAAUUGCAAAGAGAACAGAGCCCCUUGCAUAGAGUGCUCACUAAUGUUUUCGCCAUUGUAGGAUUUGUAGCAUUUGCUUAUGCAGUGAAAUACGUAUUAAGGAGCAUUGCCAUUGAAUAA